CAUGCAGGUACAUAUUGGUGUCAGUACCAGGUGUCUAUGUCAGCAGUGGAAUCAGAGAAGAGUGAUCCUGUGGAGCUGGUGCUGACAGAUCGCAGAUUCCCCCCACCCAGCAUUUCCCUGAGCCCUGAGGAAUGUGUGGAGACAGGGACCAAUGUCUCCAUCCAGUGCUGGAACAAGGACUAUGGGGCCGCCUUCCUCCUGCACAAGGAUGGGUGCUCAGCCCCCAUCCAACGCCAGGAUCUUGAUGUGGUGGGCACAGCCACCUUCACCAUGAUUGGGGUGACCCCAGCUGACAGUGGCACCUAUAGGUGCUCCUAUCGCCCCUGGGCUUACCCCUUUCUGUCCUCACCCCUUGGGAGUAAUGUGACUCUGGAGGUGACACCCACACCUGCACCCCAGGUGAGUAUCAACCCCAUUUUGGUAUUCCAGGUUCCACCCAUGAGUGCUGUGUCACCUCCUGUCCCUAUAGAGGUUGUGGUUGAGGAUGUGAUAACCCAAACACCCGGAUCCCACAGGUGCUGCAGACAGUUCCCAUGGGAACCUGGUGGUGGCAGUGGCUGGGGGCUGCACUGCUGCCUUUGUCUUCAUCCUCGUCCUUGUUGUCUUCUUCCUCCUCGGUGCCUGCAGACGUCAGAUACAGAGAGAUGAGUGCCCUGGUGGGGAAGGGUUUAAGCGUCUUUAUUUCUCAGUUGACCCUCUCAAAGUCUCCACUUACCCCCAUAGCCCCAUCCCAUUCUCCUCCUUGUUUUGAUGCAGGCACCCCUGCAGAAAGGCCUGAGGACAUGGAAUUCCAGGUAAGUGUCCCGGUCAGGGAACC